GCCCGGGAGGGGAGCGGGCGGGAAGGGUGUUUCGGCGUCGCUGCCGGCGCGGUGCGAUGUCGCUGCCGCAGCAGUGCGAGGCCGCGUUCGGCACCGCGGACCUGUACGGCGUGCUGGGCGUGCGGCCCAGCGCGUCCGCGCAGGAGAUCCGCCGCGGCUACCACCGCGCCUCGCUGCGCCUGCACCCCGACCGCGUCCCGGCCGAGCAGAAGGAGGAGGCCACGCGCCGCUUCCAGAUCCUGGGUAAGGUGUACGCCGUGCUGAGCGACGAGAAGCAGCGCGAAGUGUACGAUGAGACGGGCAUGGUGGACGAGGACGCCGAGGCGCUGCAGGACGGGCGGGACUGGCUGGAGUACUGGCAGCUGCUCUUCAAGGUCACUGUGAAAGACAUCGAAGACUUCCAGAAGAGCUACAAAGACUCGGAGGAAGAGCUGGCUGAUGUGAAGGCAGCGUACAUGAAUUUCAAGGGUGACAUGGAUCGGAUCAUGGAGUCCGUGAUGUGUGCAGACUACACGGAUGAGCCCAGGAUACGGGAAAUGAUCGAACAAGCCAUCGACUCCGGGGAGCUCCCAUCCUACAAGGCUUUUGUUAGGGAGUCGAAGAAGAAGAUGAUGGCCAGAAGAAAGAGGGUAGGUUGCAGCAGUUGA